UUUCCGAAUAUCCUAAUUUAUUUCCUGAAUAUCCUCUGCAUGAAAGAAAACGGCAAUAGAGGUGCACGAAUUAACCAGUUUCAUGGUUGAACCCACAUUCAUAUCUAAAACCGCAUUAAAAAAAUAGAACCAGAUUUAUGUCAAAAUGGUUUAACAAUUUAAUUGGAUUUGGAUUAUCCAAAUUCUGUUCAUGGAAAAAAUAGUGAAGAAUUUAGUACAAUUUCUGUCACUUUUGUUUAGUUGUUUCCAUUCGCAUAGAAACGAUACAAGGUGACGGCGCUCGAGUCGGUGGAUUUCGCUCCGACACGGCAGUCGGAACCAACCGAAUUCACUGAAUGGAGAUGUGAAGUAGAUCGCACCUGGAGAUCCAGAUCUAGCACGUAGAAAUAAUCUAGAUUCAGACGGCGACGGCGGCAACACCAGACUAUGCAGUUUUUCAGCAACCAGUUUUAUAAUUUGGUUUUAAAUCCAGACCGUGUUUUCUGCACAACUAAUAAACUUGACGUAAUUCGACAAAAUGGGGGCAACUUUAGUCAUGAAUUUGCUGUCGUUUUCCUUUUUGCAACAUUGACUGAUACGAUAGGAGUCACUUUUGGGUCCCACUUGAAGCAUCUCUUCCACUUUUUCACAGAUCUCAUCCAAUUUAUAUAAACCUCUUUGAAGAUCCAUUUUCAUUCAAUCUCUACCUGCUUCUCCCAUUUCCACACUCUUCACACAGGUUUGGGGUGCUUGAUUAACAUAAAGUUAUAAUGGCUGCCCUGAAACCAGGUGUGAUUGCUUUGUUUGAUGUUGAUGGGACUCUUACAGCUCCUAGAAAGGUGGCUCCUCCAGAGAUGUUGAAGUUCAUACAAGAACUACGAAAGGUUGUAACAGUUGGAGUGGUUGGGGGUUCUGAUCUAGUAAAGAUAUCUGAGCAACUUGGCCAGACAGUUAACGAUGACUAUGAUUAUGUAUUUUCUGAGAAUGGUCUUGUGGCUCAUAAGCAAGGAAAACUCAUUGGAACUCAGAGCUUGAAGACAUUCGUUGGAGAUGAAAAUCUCAAGGAAUUUAUUAAUUUUACGCUUCAUUACAUUGCUGACUUGGAUAUCCCUAUUAAGAGGGGAACAUUUAUCGAGUUCCGUAGCGGGAUGCUGAAUGUGUCACCGAUUGGGCGAAACUGCAGCCAAGAAGAAAGAGAUGAGUUUGAGAAGUAUGACAAGGUUCAGAACAUACGCUCAAAAAUGGUUUCUAUACUUCGGGAGAAGUUUGCUCAUCUUAACUUGACAUUUUCCAUUGGAGGACAGAUAAGCUUUGAUGUUUUCCCUCAAGGCUGGGAUAAAACAUACUGCUUGAGAUACCUUGAUGAUUUCAAUGAAAUCCACUUUUUUGGUGACAAAACUUACAAGGGUGGAAAUGAUCAUGAAAUCUAUGAAUCUGAACACACUAUCGGGCACACAGUUACCAGCCCUGAAGAUACGAUAAAGCAGUGUAAAUCUCUGUUCCUGGAAAAUUAAGAUUUUGCAGCAGCAUAUCAUUACCAAUACUGAAAACAACAUGGAGCAAUGGUUUACAAAGGAGAGGAUUGCAGGAUUCAAAAAUAUAAUUUAUUCUGAUUGUAAUUUAUCUUCCCGCUUUAAAUUUUGGAUAUAAUAAGAAGCUUAUCAUUCAAUAAAAUUUGACCUCAAUAAUUUGAGAAUACUCAAGUUCAUGGUCUACUCUGAACAAAUAUUGUGCUUCCUCUGCAAGUGUAUUUUGCAGAAGCAAUGCAAUGGUCAUUGAACAUA